GACUUAUUUAAACGGGCACGAGUACGUGCGCGUACCCGUAUUCUUUGUGUGGCAGCGUAGAGAAGCGCCAAAAGAGUGACCAUGGCUGAUGAAAAACCAAAGGAGGGCGUCAAGACAGAAAACAACGAACACAUAAACCUGAAGGUAGCUGGACAGGAUGGAUCUGUCGUCCAAUUCAAGAUCAAAAGACACACACCGCUCAUCAAACUCAUGAAGGCUUACUGUGACAGACAGGGACUGUCGAUGAGGCAAAUCAGGUUCAGAUUUGACGGACAGCCAAUAAAUGAGACAGACACACCAGCACAGUUGGAAAUGGAAGAUGAGGAUACGAUCGACGUGUUCCAACAACAGACAGGAGGUCUGAUCUAAUCAACCACAGCUGCCACCUUUUCGCUUCCAACAUGACCGACUUCCCUGGCCCGUUCACACCCAGCGGCUAGCUCUUUGCAACUCGUCUAACAGUCUCAACUUAAUUCUUUCAGAAGAGGUUUUAGUUUCUCUGCUUCACAAAACUGCUGUAAAGAAUUUCUAUUCAUGCCCCCCUGUUACUGUUUUUGUCUGUACAUAAAUUACACCCUGAACACAUUGUCUUCUUUUUUUUAAAUUUUAUUUUACUUCAUGCUGUAUUGUGGUAAAUUUGUUGGAGUCCCAUCCCAGUUUGAAGGGUUUGUUCUGCAGAGCUGCAGAACUCGGAACGAUAUCCAGGGCAGGUAAAAAUGAAAGUCAUCUGAACUGAUUAAAUACUUUUGUGCUAGGCUUGGUAAUUGUCUAGCAAAUCUGUUCUUAAGCUAUUCAGUUUUGGGACCGGCUGUCACUUGGUGAGCAGUGCACCCACUUUGGGAACAUGACUUGGUUGCUGUUUAACUCUGUAAUCAGAUAUAAAAAAUAUUAUAUACUUUUUAUAUUGAACUGGAUGUUAAGAAUACUCAUUUUACUUCACCACUUCAAACUUUGGGAAGGUUGAAGGGAUGUUUCAGUUAAAUAUACAGCUGUAUUGUUUAUUAAAAUGCCUGUUAAAAUAAAGUUAUUGUCUUUUUU